GGACGAUGGGUAAGUGGACGAUGGUUAAGUGGUAAGUGGUAAAGUAAGUGGUAAGUUAUGAAGGUGGUUACGACAUGAUCUUCCCCAGCCCCCCCGCCUGGGUACUGUGGAUGUGGCGACCGGGGUUUAGACUUUGGCUAGGUAGCUCCCUCGUAUGUAGAGUACUCCAGGCUCUUCCUCGCACUCACACUCUAUGUAGGCUCUAUGUAGGCUCUACAUAUGGAGGUCGCACUCGCACUCGCACUCUAUGUACCGUACAUACUCCUCUCCUACAUACUCCUCUCAAGGCUCCACGCCUUGCUGUACGGUAGCCUGUUUAUACUUUACUUUACUCUGUUCUAUACUUCACACUGUACGCUGUAGGUACGUACAGCAGUAAUCUACAGUACAGACUGCAGUACUCUGGCGUCAGAGUGUGGGGUUUAUUCCACGUUUCAGUAAGGGACAUGUGCAUUGUGGAUGUGCAUUGGUGUUGAGCAGGUAUGGGGUACGGUAUGGGGAUGUGGAAACAUAGAUGUGGAAUAGAUGUGGAAUAGAUGUGCAUUACGGAUGGAUCAUGGGGAUGGUAGCUGGGUGAGUAGAUCUACCCAAGUAUCGUGGGAACGUGGCCGCACCACGUUGCUCUGGCCCUUGAAUCUUUUAGUUUUUACCUGGGGAGGGCGGGGGAGCUGCGUGAUCGCCAUGUGUCUCGACGUCUCGGCUCGUCUCGGC